AGGGACAAUUCUAAAACAUUCAAGACUGCAACCGUCCAGGACACCGUCUGACAUACCUAUGACAUUCACAAUCAUGGGCAUGUUGAUGAGUGACAAUUUUUCUUAUCUGUUCUCAGGAUAUUCCAAAGAAUAUCAACAAUUCCACAUCCACUGCUCUUUCCACCAGUUCAGUUGCCCCCAUCCUAUCUGAACUCCAGCUCCUCAUGGCUCACCCGGACCACGCCCCUGAGAAUGACCCGUCUGGUCUGGACACGAAGGAUGGUCAAGGGCAGCCUGCAGGGCCUUCAGCCCUGAGGAGAGCCAGGUCCAGCUUCCUCAAGGGGGUGUCCUACUUCUCUGGCGAUAUGGCGGUGUUUGCAAAAUGGAUGGAAAAGCAGUUCUUCCUGCUGCAGCUGCUGGACUGGGUUUUGCGUGGAGCGGCCCAGGUGAUGUUCGUCAACAACCCCCUGAGCGGCCUCAUCAUUUUUGCUGGACUCAUCCUCCAGAACUACUGGUGGGCCCUGAAUGGUUUCGUGGGGACCCUCUUUGCAACCAUUUCUGCUCUCAUUCUGCAGCAAAACAGGGGUGCGAUAGCGGCUGGGCUGUACGGUUACAACGGCAUCCUGGUGGGACUGCUGAUGGCUGUGUUUUCCAAUGCAGGAAACUGGUACUGGUGGCUCCUGCUGCCCAACAUCUUCAUGUCCAUGAUGUGCCCCAUUGUGUCCAGUGCCCUGGCGUCCAUCAACAGUCGUUGGGAUCUGCCUGUGUUCACCUUGCCUUUCAACAUCUUGGUGUGUCUCCACAUGGUUGCCACCGGACACUACAAUCACCACUUCCCCCAGGUCCUCAUUCAGCCCCGCUCGGAGCUCCCUAACAUCACCUGGGCUGAAAUCGAUGUAGCUAAGCUGUUUAUGUCGGUGCCUGUGGGGAUCGGGCAGGUUUACGGCUGUGAUAACCCUUGGACUGGAGGAAUCUUUAUCAUCUCACUGUUCAUCUCCUCCCCUAUCACCUGUGCCCAUGCUGUCCUGGGGUCUGCAGUGGGCAUGGUCUCAGGUCUGGCCCUGUCAGCUCCAUUUGGAGAUAUCUAUUUUGGCCUUUGGGGAUACAACUGCGUAUUAGCUUGCAUUGCUAUUGGAGGGAUGUUUUAUGCACUCACCUGGCAGGUGCACCUGCUGGCCAUUACAUGUGCUAUAGCGAACAUCAUGUCCACGUUUGGUCUGCCAGCCUGCACGUGGCCGUUCUGCCUCUCAGCUCUCACCUUUCUCCUCUUAACCACGGGGACCAAAAGAAUAUUCAAGCUGCCGCUGGCCAAAGUCGCCUACCCUGAGAAAAACCUGACCUCCUACUGGAAACUAAAGAAACAGGAGAAAGCAGAGAAGGCUGAGAAAGAGAGAAAAGAGAGAGAAGAACAACAGAAAGCUGUUGAGGAAGAAAUCUUCAUAAAUAAGACAGAACAACUGAGGCUGGAGGAGGGGAAAGCAGGAAGCGAGACAGCAGAAGACAAAAAUGGGAACAUACUUUUUGAGAGAACAGCUGAGAUGGAAGAGUGCAUUAUUAAAGAUGAAAAAAUGAGAGAUGACAUUCUAACCGAAGUAGUACUUCAUGAUAAUGCUUGACACCACAUUCCCUCAAAGAGAGAAGAUAAACCUUACAUGAUUCUGAAUUGUGCGGCUCUUUAAAAAAAGAAAAAAAGAUCUACAGAAACUAUAUUGUGAUGUGGAUAUUGAUAUGGGUACAUCCUCCUUUGACCAGAUAAUAUAUAUUUUUGAUGACAUUUUGUUUAGUUCCUUUUGCGUUUUUUCUGUGA